UCGAAAAAGUAAGUUUUAUCCAUUUUAAUAUUUAGGCAGCAUGUUCCCGCUUCCGUUUCGCGCCAGGCAAUCGCCGGAGAUGAUCGCUUGCAAGAGAAUUAUCCGUAGUCUCUUCUCGAGGCGCUACAAAAAUGUGGCCUGGAUAUUUUAUGAUCGCAUCGAGGCCGGUGUGCAUAUGUUAGAUGGCUACCAUGACAUUGUGAAGGAGCCCAUGGAUCUGAGGACCAUACAAAAUCGUCUCAAUUCACAUUUCUAUACGAAUACCAUCGAUUUUGCACGCGAUGUGCGUUUAAUAUUCGGCAAUACCUAUUUGUACACAACUCCCGAUCAUGUCUGCUAUCAAAUGGCCUACGAGCUGGAGCUCAUCUUCGAGAAGAUGUUUGCCGCUGUGCCGCUGACCGAGAACUUUGUCAAAGACUACCCCUGGACGGAAUCAUCCAACUCCAGUUAUUCUCCUGGCAUGUAUGCCUCAUCCAUCAACAAUUCAUCAAUCCGUCAAUCGAGCAAUGAUGAAAGCGAUUCGGAUGCCAACAGCCAACUGGAAGAGUUGCCGCUGACUGAAGAAGAGGAUUUCGAUUUGUAUAUUCGGGUGCAGCAGCUGGAGGGUGCAAUGCUUUUGAAUGUGAUACACAUGAUCCACCAGUUGGAGGACACCAACUAUGUGAAUGCCAACAGUGAGCUGGAGCUAUAUAUACACCUCUUGAAAACCCACACAAAACGCACUCUUUUGGCCUAUCUGUCCGACAAUGGGAUAACUGACAAACGCGUCACUCGCAUGAAGAAGAACAUAUCAUUCCAGUGAACAUA